AUGCCCUUGGUCACUAACCUCAUUGACGACAAGUCUCCGCUCAUUCUCUACGAUUCAACUUGGACGCCUGGAAACAGUGCAGGAGAUGCUUAUGAAGACCAGUAUUAUCUCGGGACGUUUACCACCAACAGCGUAACGAACGGAGCAGUAUCGCUUUCGUUUAAUGGAACUGGCGUUUGGAUAUAUGGCGCUAAAAGAAGCAACUACAACACCUAUACCGUUCAACUCGAUAGUGCUACCUACGGACCUUACGAUGGAUACUAUCCUACUCAAGAAUUCCUGCAAGUCCUCUUCAACCAGACCGGUCUCACGCAGGGAAUGCACAACUUGACCUUGACAAACACAGGCACAAACGGUACUUACGUUGACAUUGAUCUGGUUGGUAUCCUCUUUCUUUCCUCUCCUUUCAGUGAUGUUGAGAAUGAGAUGGGAAUUCAGAUCGUUUGGCAGUCUGAAGUCGGGAGCAGUAACCAGGAAUUAAUCACGGAAACGGUUCAAAACACAGACCCACGUUUCCAAUUCCUGGAUUCGGCUUGGACAUCCCCCUCUAACGUCAACUUCUACAGUAAUGGAACCGGGCAAUGUACGGGAACGAACGCGGCGAAUGCGGUGCUCACUUUUACAGUGAGAUGGUCACGCUGUUCGGCGCAACCUCGACUUCCACCGGGCCCUACAUCGUUCAGAUGGACAAGGGGAAAUCCGUCCGACUAUAACGGGACGACUUUCCUUCCCUACUACGGAGUCACUCUUUUCCAUGCGGACAACCUUGAUGCUGGGCAACAUAGUCUCACUAUCACGAACGCUCCUGCAUCACCGGGGCAACAAUUGUGUAUCGAUUAUGCCCUGGUUUCAGAUUUAUCCGAGUAA